AUGGCUUCACGGAGAAUCAUUUCUUCUUUGGUACGAUCUUCCCUCCGUCCAUCUCCAUCCAAAUCCUCCACCACCGCCUCAACAUCGAGACUCUCUUCUCAAUCACGUCUUUCUCUGUCCCCUUCCCCUUACUUUCUCAACCGUGUAACGGAAUACGCCACCGCGGCUGCCACUGCAUCUCCCACCCCUCCUCCACUUAAGAAAGUUAGCGGCGGUGAUGAAAAGAUUACUGAUGAACAUACAGGGAAAGGUGCCAUUGGACAUAUUUGUGCAAUCAUUGGUGCUGUAGUGGAUGUGAGAUUCGAAGAUGGAGUGCCUCUGAUCCUUACCGCGCUUGAGGUUCUUGAAGGCUCGCAACGGAUUAUGUUGAAGGUUGCUCAACGUUUAGGUCAGGGUGUUGUUAGAAUUAUUGCUAUGGAGGCUACUGAAGGUGUUGUUAGAGGAUGGCGUAUGCUCAAUACCGGCUCUCCCAUCAGUGUAAAUUCCUAA